AUUCAUUUAUCACUUAUACUUUUUAUCACUCAUUUGAUUCUCUUGAGUUUAUUCUUCAUCUCUCUCAAAUCCCAUGCAAAAAUGAAUCAGUUUCCUCCUUCAUGGCUUUCAAAAUUUCUCGAUUCCGAUGAUGAUGCAUUUGAUAACCAGAUUAAUCCUUCUGACAAGAUAAAUGAUUUUGCUAGGAUUCUCUCCGGUGAUUGUAAAAAUUAUGAUCAACAUGUGAUACAAGAUUUCAAUGACGACGUAGCUUCGUUACCUUCAACUCAGAUUGAAUUUCUUGACAUUAAUUCACAAGUUGCAACAAAUGAUUCAUUUUAUGCUUCAUUGAAUGGUUGUGAACAGAGUUAUUGCACAAAUAAUUCCAACAUGAAUUUUGACGAAUUUAUUUAUCCAAAAGGGGAUCCUGAUGCUGUUUCCAUAAAUAAGAAAGAUGUUGAUCUAUUACACCCAGAAAGAUACAUCAAUGAUACAAUUAUCGAUUUUUACAUCUUAUAUUUGAAGAAUAAGAUACAAGAGAAGGAAAAGGCUAGGUUUCACUUUUUCAAUAGUUUUUUCUUUCGAAAAUUGGUUGAUAUGGACAAAAUUUCGCCUAAAGUUUGUGAUGGAAAAUCAGCAUUUCUACGUGUUCGUAAAUGGACAAGAAAAGUGAAAUUAUUUGAAAAAGAUUAUAUUUUCAUACCAGUGAAUUUCAAUCUUCACUGGAGCUUAAUAGUAAUUUGCCAUCCUGGUGAAGUGGUUAAUACUAUUGAUGAAGAGUUGGACAAAUCACUUAAGAUGCCUUGCAUAUUACACAUGGAUUCUGUCAUGGGAUGUCAUAAUAAUUUGAAAGACAUUGUACAAAGUUAUUUGUGGGAAGAAUGGAAAGAGAGAAAUAAGGAUACAUGUGGAGAAGAUCUCUCAUCAAGAUUCUUGAAUAUGCCUUUUUUUCCAAUUGCGGUACCACAACAGAAAAACUCAUAUGAUUGCGGUAUCUUUUUACUUCAUUACCUAGAGCUCUUCCUGGCAGAAGCUCCAUUUAACUUCAAUCCAUUGAAACUUAAUUUGGAUUGGUUUCCACCUGAAGAGGCUUAUCACAAGAGAACACUUAUUCGUGAAUUAAUCUUUGAACUAGUGAAAAACCAUGCUUCACAUGAAGCAGCUUCUACUAUGGUUUUCAAUGAACACUUUGAACAAGAGGCUACAACUCCCUAUUGUCACCAAGAGAUUAAAAUUUCACCACAAACAAGUUGUUCAUCGCAUGAUUCAAAUGACCUAGAGAUGCCAAAUAUCAUGUUUUUGGACAACAAGAAUUGGUAUCAAGGAACACCAUCUCUACAAUUUUAUCAAGAUUCAAAUGUAGUUGAUGACAAGGCCAUCGAUGAUGAUGUUCAGAUUAUUGACAAUUUGAAAGUUGAGCGACCUGCAAAGAAGAUGAGGCUGUAGAAGUGAUGAAGUCAUGACUUGUUUUACUUUCACAUGAGUUUGAAUAAAUUUUAUAGAUUUUUCUUUGGAAACAUGUAAGU